AUGCCUCGCGAAUGCUCGUCAAGACACGAUACGGCGCCGCUACGCUAUGGCAAUGAUGCUUACUUAGAUGACAAUGCUGACUCGUAUCCUCGAUCCCAGUCCGAUACCAGCUCUUCCCCGUCAUCGCCCGUCCAGCCCUUGAAUCCGAAGAAGAAACAUUACUGCACAGUAUGUGGUCGUUCGUUUACCACCAGCGGGCACCUGGCUCGACAUAGUCGUGUUCACACCGGCGAACGUAACCACAUAUGUCCAUUUCCAGGCUGCCAGACGCGAUGCUCCAGGCAGGACAACCUGCAGCAGCAGUGA